GAGGCGCAUGCGCCCUGUGCCGCCACGCCUGGUCUCCCGGACGCCCGUGCAAACCGGUUUUGCCUCGCAGAGCCGGCAGGUCCUGGCACAGCGGCCGGUGCGGUAGCGGGCUCAGGUGUACCGUACCCCUGGUCAGUGCCAUGAUCCGGCAGGAGCGCUCUACAUCCUACCAGGAGCUGAGUGAGGAGUUGGACCAGGUGAUUGAGAACUCAGAGCAGGCAGACAAGCUGGACAAGGAGACGAUCAAAGUCCAAGGUCCGGGUUUCUUACCAGGCCUGGACAGUGAGUCCGUCUCCAGCAGCAUCCGCUUCAGCAAGGCUUGCCUGAAGAAUGUCUUCUCAGUCCUGCUCAUCUUCAUCUACCUGUUGCUCAUGGCCGUGGCCGUCUUCCUGGUUUACCAGACCAUCACGGACUUUCGUGAGAAACUCAAGCACCCUGUCAUGUCUGUGUCCUACAAAGAGGUGGAUCGCUAUGAUGCCCCAGGUAUUGCCCUAUAUCCUGGUCAAGCCCAGUUGCUCAGCUGUAAGCACCAUUACGAGGUCAUUCCCCCUCUGACGAACCCUGGCCAGCCAGGUGACAUGAAUUGUACCACCCAGAGGAUCAACUACACGGACCCUUUCUCCAAUCAGACCAUGAAAUCCGCCUUGAUUGUCCAGGGGCCCCGGGAAGUGAAGAAGCGGGAGCUGGUCUUCCUCCAGUUCCGCCUGAACAAAAGUAGCGAGGACUUCAGCGCCAUCGAUUACCUCCUCUUCUCUUCUUUCCAGGAGUUCCUGCAAAGCCCAGACAGGGUAGGCUUCAUGCAGGCCUGUGAGAGUGCCUAUUCCAGCUGGAAGUUCUCUGGGGGCUUCCGCACCUGGGUCAAGAUGUCACUGGUGAAGACCAAGGAAGAGGAUGGGCGGGAAGCAGUGGAGUUCCGGCAGGAGACGAGUGUGGUUAACUACAUUGACCAGAGGCCAGCUGCCGAAAAAAGUGCUCAGUUGUUUUUUGUGGUCUUUGAAUGGAAAGAUCCUUUCAUCCAGAAAGUCCAAGAUAUAAUCACUGCCAAUCCUUGGAACACAAUUGCCCUUCUCUGUGGGGCCUUCUUGGCAUUAUUUAAAGCAGCAGAAUUUGCCAAACUGAGUGUGAAAUGGAUGAUGAAAAUUAGAAAGAGAUACCUUAAAAGAAGAGGUCAGGCAACGAACCACAUAAGCUGAAGUCACCUUGCGUUAUUCAUGGAACUGCCCACGUUAAUGGAAGCUCUUACCACUUCCACUUUGAUAAACUGAGCUACCAGCAAUCCUGUACUCACUUGAAGAAAUGGGGCCUUGCUGGGAGGAAGAGCAACUUCUAACCUGGCCCAAAAAGAGGCUGUUUAGAGCCUAACAGAAAAGAUCCAAUGGGUAACCUAAAAGUUAUUUAAGUGUUUAAAUUAUUAGUAAUCAUUUUAAAGAGCUGUCCAGUGACUUGUGAAUAGGGUUUGUGGAAGAUGCCUUUCUUCCCAUUUGGUUCAUUGUAUAGUUAAGCUCUACAGGAUAAUUAAGGUUCUACUUUUUACCUUAGGUUUUCCCCUGAGGUUUCUGAAAUGGACAGAAGAGAGUGUAAUUUUCUUUUUCCAAAAAACCCUUAACUAUCAAGAUAUGCGGGUCAUGCUUUGGAACCUAUGCACUGUACACAAAGAAAGGUAAAACUCUUAUGACUUUGGCAUCACUUGCCAUUGAUAUUAUCUAGCCUCUGAAAAGCUCUCUCAUUUGUUAAAUAUUACAUGAGACUUUAAAAACUAGUAAUUAAAUGUCUUAUGUCCCGACUAGCCACCUACUUGUCUGGCUAGAAUAUUUGUUGAUACAAGUAUGAGGUUAGAGUCAUUAGCACUCAAAAGCAUUGGGAUGGAUGUACAUAGUAGAUGCCCACUCAGUGUAUUUUGAUGAUUUCAUUAACAGGUAAAUAAAAGUUAGAUUAAUAGAAAAGGAA